AUGAAGAUAACCCUAAAUAUUAAUAGAAUUUACAAUGAAACCGAAAGAACUUGGCUCCAAAUCAUCGCCAUUUUAACAGCAAGCUUAAGCAGCUUAUCCUGCGGCUUGUUCAUCGGCUGGUCCUCACCCUACAUGCCCAAAAUAGUCGAAGAUAAAAUAAAUUACGACGUUACAGAGGAACAAGCGUCCUAUUUCGCCGCGUUUAAUCUCGCAACAGCGGCCAUUCUAUCACCAUUCUCAGUCCCAAUCGUAAGCCUGUUGGGAAGGAAGAAAUGCAUUCUACUCUCGUCGCUGCCCUACAUCACCACGUGGCUGCUCAAGGCCUUCUUCACCAACGUUUGGGUGCUCUACGUGGCCCGAUCGAUCACCGGAAUCGGCGAUGUGCUCACCCUUAACUGCGUUCCCGCCUACAUCGGCGAGAUAUCCUCUCCGCAGGUGCGAGGCACCUGGGGGAACGCCUUCAUGUGCUCGAUAUUCCUCGGGCAAUUCGUAAUCAACGUGCUAGGAGCCUAUUUGAGCGUCCAACAAACCUCGUUGCUGUUACUAAUCGCGCCGAUUCUGCUGCUCAUCGUGUUCCCUUUGAUGCCCGACUCGCCCUAUUCCCACAUAAGCAAGGGCGAGGACGAGGAGGCCAAGGAUAGUUUGAGGCGAUUAAGGAGGAAGUACAACGUCGAAGAGGAGUUUUCGGCGAUCAAAAUGGCUGUUGAACGGCAACUGGGUGAACCUAGUGGUUGGAGGGAUAUCUGGAGGAUCGAAUUGAAUAGGAAGGCUGUUUCGAUCGUGGCGAUUAUGAGAUGCACUUUCAUUACCGGAGGAACGAUGGCUUUCGCUUCUUAUACGAGGUACAUAUUUCAAAAUACCGAUUCCCCGGUGGAUCCCAGCACUGCGGCGAUUAUUUAUUCAGCCGUUAACGCCUUUUCCCACAUGGUGAUGUCGAUAACAGCGAAUCGAUUCGGUAGGAGAAUAUCGUACUUAUCUUCUGUGCUGGUUUGCGGAGUUUCAUUGACUGUAUUAGGAGUUUAUUCGUUGAUAAGAGACUACUAUCCGGGAAUCGAUUUAGAUGGUUUCCAUUGGGUGCCUUUGACGGGGAUGAUCGGGUUCCUCGUGGGGUGCUCGAUCGGUUUGGCAGCCGUUCCAGCUCUGUUGUUGGGCGAGCUGCUUUCGUCUAGCAUCAAAAGCAAAGGGAUCGCUUUGGUCGGUUCGUUGUUCAGUUUAAGCGCGUUUCUUGUGAACAAUGUUUUUUAUUAUUUCGCCGAUUCGACGGGCCUUUGCGGGCCGUUUUUCUUGUUCGCUGUUUGCAAUUUCUCGGCGGGGUUGUUGGCUUAUUACAUUUUGCCGGAGACUAAGAAUAAAACGCUCGAAGAUAUUCAAAGUGGUUUGGUUAAGAGCAAGUAA